AUGAAAGUUUGUUUAUUUUAAUUUAUUUAUUUAUGUAUUAAAAAGGUUAAGAUCGUAAAAUUUAAGAUUUCAAUAUUAUAAAAGAACGAAGAGAGGAUUCUUCUUACUCUCCAGUUUAUAUGGUAUAAAAGGUAUGGUUAUAUAAAUGUAACUGAAAUUAGAUGGGUAAUAUUAUGCUAUGAAAAAAGUCAAUAUACAUAAUCAUAAAAUCCUAGAGUAUACAUUAAAUUAAAUUCUUAUUGGCAUUAAUUAAAUCUCCUUAUAUAAUUCGACACGAAGACUCUUUUUUGGGUUUUAAAGGAAAAGUGCUGUAUAAAAUAAUGGAACUUGCAACUGAUGGAGACUUAGACAGUUUAUUGA